UUAUUCAAUUCAUGAUCUCUGACAGUUUAUUAGUACAUGUAUUUAUAAGCCAUUAGAUAAGCCAGAUUACAAUUUAAAAAAAGCCACACAAUGACCCAGAUUAACUCUAAUGCUUCUAGAACCACGUAGAUCUACAGAUCUACACUCACCUCUGCUUCGGUCGUUACACGCGUGCUCGUCAGGAGUUCAGGCGCGGCGAGCAGGGGGGCGGGGGAGAAGCAGCCGGACUCGUUAGCCCAGUCGGCAGUCGCCAUGGGCAUCGGCUACGUAGUGGGCGUCCUCGGCGGCGCCAUCCUCGCCCACGCCGCCUACGCCACCAUCCAGUACCGCGCGGUGCUCAAGAUCACGGAGGAGGAGUUCUCGCGGCCGCCCAUGGAUGUGAUGAUGGAGUUGCUCUUAGGGUUGGUCUUGUGCAUGUGGGCAGGUCUUGCUGUUCCCACUAAAUUUCUCUCGGUGCUUCCACAUUCUGAUGAGAAUAGGAUCGUCUCGCUCCCGGCUAACCUGGAUUUCAUGAUCUUCAACCACCGUGGAAGAGCGCUGCCGUCAGACUCAGACCUGAAACUCCAUACAUAGACAUGUCCAGAAUCCAGAUCUUUUUUCUUUAUUUUCUGUAAGGCCUUGUUCGGUUAUUCCUAUUACACAUGGAUUAGAUGAGAUUGGAAAAAAUUAAAAAUAAAUUUGACUUGCUUGAGAUUUAAA